AGAAGAACUUGUUAACCUCCUGGUUGAUUCCCUGGUUAACAGCCCCAUCCAUGCCAGAAGGAACAUACUGGUCAACCUUCUGGUCAACCAUCGAGUCGACAAAGUUACCACCCUGUCCUCCAUUGUUAGAGCCGCUCUGAUUGUUGUUGUUCCCGCCGUGGUUGUUGAGUAAGCCUUCAUAAGAGUUUAUUGUCAGUCACCAUUUCCAACCUCCAAGCCAGUCACUUCUCGAAUGAUAGGGAAAGGAAACAAACCCUCUGCCUUAUUCACCAAGCCGCCAAGGCCACCAGAGGAGCCACCGAAGGAGUCAUUUCCACCACCAGAGCCUCCGAAGUUAUCCUGGUUAUUCCUGCCCCCGCCAAAUCCGGAGUCAUUACCGCCAAAGCCAGAGUUGCCAGAGCUGUUACCACCGAAUCCAGAGUCAUUUCCGCCAUGUCCUGGAAUCGUUGCCUCCGAAGUUGGAGUCACCACCACCACCACCCCCGCCAAAGCCCGAGUCAUUACCUCCAAACCCAGAACCGCCUCCACCGAAGUUGGAGUCGUUACCGCUGAAGUUGUUGUUGUCGCGCCCAUUAUCACCACCAUAUCCGGAGUUGCCGCCCCCGAAGUUGUUACCGCCGCCGUUGCCUCCAAAGCCCGAGUCAUUUCCUCCGAAUCCAGAGCCACCUCCCCCAAACUGGGAGUCGUUACCUCCAAAGCCGGAGUCGUUGCCUCCGAAACUGUCACCACCACCGCGACGGCCACCGCCAAAGUUGUCUUGUCCGUAGGAGUCCAUGGUGUAUUUGAAAAAGGCCUAUGUUGAUAGAGAUUGUAUAGAAUGGAUGAAGUAUGGAUUCGAAAUGAGUAUGAGAAGGAGAAAUAUCAAGAUGGAGGGAGAGGGAAACAGAGACGUAGGAAUCGUCCAG